CCCUUCUGACGCCCCCCCCAGCAGGCCCCCUCCCCCACCAUUGAAAGCCAUGAAUUUUGAAUUUGAGAGGGAGAUUGGGUUUAUAAACAGCCAGCCGUCGCUCGCCGAGUGUCUGACUUCCUUCCCCGCUGUCUUGGAGACAUUUCAAACUUCAUCAAUCAAGGAGUCGACAUUAAUUCCUCCUCCUCCUCCUCUGGAGCAAACCUUCCCCAGCCUCCAGCUCGGCGCCUCCACCCUUCAGAGACCAGGGAGCCAACAGCAAGCCGGAGAUGGGCCUGCUCUGCAGCCACCGCCGCCACUCCCCAUCGCCCCCCCAGCCCCCGAGUUCCCCUGGAUGAAAGAGAAGAAAUCCGCCAAGAAACCCAGCCAAUCCGCCGUAUCCCCCUCUCCAGCCGCCUCCUCGGUCCGGGCCUCCGGGGUCGGAUCACCAUCAGAUGGCCCCGGACUGCCAGAGAGCGGCGGCAGCGGCUCCCGCAGACUGCGCACGGCCUACACCAACACGCAACUGCUGGAGCUGGAGAAGGAAUUCCACUUCAACAAGUACCUGUGCCGGCCGCGGCGCGUUGAGAUCGCCGCCUUGCUGGACCUCACCGAAAGGCAGGUCAAAGUCUGGUUCCAGAACCGACGCAUGAAACACAAGCGGCAGACGCAGCAUCGAGAGCCGCCCGACGGAGAGUCAGGCGGGCCCAGCGCCCAGGAAGACGCGGGAGAGCCACCGGAGGAGCCCACCGCCAGCCCCGGCGACGUCGCGACUCAGCAGCUGCGGCAAGCCUGCUUCCACCCGGUCGAGGCUGCGCAGGGACCCCGGGGCGCACUGCCGCCCGCGCCGCCUGCCACCGCCCUCGAGAGUGUAGGCGCAUUGAGCCCCGGCUGCACAAUGCUCAGAGCCCCAGGCCUGCAGAGCGAGCCCCUACCCGAAGACGCCUGCUCCGAGCGGCAGGAUUCACCGUUCCUGCCCGACCUCAACUUCUUCGCUGCAGACUCCUGUCUCCAGAUGUCCGGCGGCUUUUCGCCCAGCCUGCAGGGCUCGCUCGACAGCCCGGUGCCCUUUUCUGAGGAAGAGCUGGACUUCUUCACCAGCACGCUCUGUGCCAUCGACUUUCAGUUUCCCUAACUAUUUUCUAUCUUUGGUCCUUUCCAUCUGGUCCUCAUUGGCUGUUGGGGGAAAAAAAAUCGGGCCUUCUCAACUCCUAGUCACAUUUAUGUGUUUUGUUAAAAUCCAGGUAUUAACGAAUUAGCGUUUCAUUCCUUUUCACCUUUUAAACACACACACACACACACACUUCCACUUGGUAAAACUCCUUCCAACGAAAUCUCAGGAAUAAUUAAACUCUAGCGGGAGAGGGUUUUCUUACAAAGAACUAGAGGGACCUAUUUUCCUCUUUUUUAAGUUUUAGAUUGUAGAUUAUUUAUUAAAAUUGUUUAAUAAUAGGAAAGGGGGAAAGUAUUUAUUGUACAUUAUUUUCAUAGAGUAAAUAAAUGUCUUUAUAAUACGAAAACGAGUGUUUGUAUUGGGAUCCAGCUCUUUUGGCCAAGUCCCUACAGCCGGCCAGUCUUUGCUUUUCCAAGGCCCUGCUUGAGGUUGGUUUGGCUCCGGCUCAGGAGACCCAAGCGAAGGCUUGGUCCCAUCUCCCAGGCUGGGAAAGUCCGGGUUGUACAAAAGGAGCCCUGCUUGGUGGCUAUUUCUUUGUCCAAGACACCAGGAAGAGUUGUGAAUUUAUGGAAGCUCGACCGCCCUGUCAUCUGUCGACGGACGGCCUCCCAACCCUAGUCGGAUGUUCCCUGAGUCCCUGCUUGGAAAUAAAUAUGGGGCGGGUGGAAAGACAGCAUUCUGGGGGACAGAAGCAGGUACAAGAAAAUGUCUCAGAGGCCAGCUUUGAGCCCUGGAGGCUGCGCAGAGGGUUAAAGGAAUUGAAGAAGGAAUCCUCAGGCUUGCUGGCCGGCCGGCUUCAGGUGCAGGAGCCAGGCGGCAAUUCCGCAAGCUUGGGUCAAGGCCUGCGCCGUGCGCCUGGUGCUGGCAGGGUGGGCUCCGGGUCGUUGAGGACUGGAAUGGGGCUUAGGAAUUUUGUAGGAAAGAAGGGAAGCUCGGGAGUGGUAGGAGGUGUUUGGCUCAAAGGAGUAGCGUGGCGAGUCGCAGCCAGAGCAGGAAACAGGGACGAUGCUCAAAAUGGCGCUGGGCCGGGCGGCUUGGAGCACAGGAGAAGCAACUGUGGCCGCCAUGACAGCGGCUGCGGGACGCUCGGUCCCGCUCCCCGCCCGCCCCCACUCCCACUUUCUUCAGGCCAGAUCUUUCACACCGAAGAAAUGACAGUCUGGGAGCCUCCCACCAAUUGUGGGGUUUUUAUUUUAUUUGAGAGAGAGAGAGAGAGAGAGAGAGAGAGAGAGAGAGAGAGAGAGAGAGAGAACACUGCAGAGUUCCCGUGCAGUAGGAGGGGGAGGCGAGCAUUGGGUCCUGGGACCACUUCACCCAGUGUGGCUUUUUGCUCUGGGCCUUGAAUACGCGCCAGGGCGUUUUCCAAAUGCAAGCCCACCUGUCUAGACCAACAGCUUCAUUUUCCAUCCCAACACUUCUCCUCUCCUUUUGCCCUCCCCCCACCCCCAAUCCCCAGCCCCCUUCCCAGCCCCGUAAACUCAGUGAAGGCGAGGCAGGGAUCCUCUUCCCCAUCUGCCUCUUGGUUCUCAGGAACUAGGAGAUUUAAGGGACCCUGGAAAGACAUCCAUCCUCCUCAGGUUUAUUUAAUAUUUCUCGGACUCAGAAACAGAUACCUACCUCCCCGGCAGAUGUUGCCUUUUUAAAAGGCAGUUUAUUUC